CGCUUUUAUCCUACAUUCGUAUGAAAGGAUUUAGUAAAUUUCUUUUAAUUUAUUGAUAGUGUUUAAAAUAAUAAUAAUAAUAUUAUCAACAAUUUUUAUAAUAUGGCGCAAACAACUCCACAUUUUGCUACGGAAGCACAUAAAUUACGUACACUGAUUUUAAAUGCCCGGAAACCGUUUGUGCUCCGGAAUUUCAAAAUGAAUUGGAAGUGUUUUGAACAAUCAUUAGAAGAAUGGUGUGCAAAUUACGAUAAGGAAGUGAAUUCAUUGACAGAAUUCGAGGUGAUGUCGUGCAAUCAAGGAAACCAAACACCACACUGGGAACGCUGCAGAGAAUCUAUGCGAAUGAGUUUGUCACAAUUUUUAGAGAAACAAAAGACUGCUACAGAUGAAUUUUGGAUUGGCUUGAAUUAUCAAAGAAUGCAGGAUUUACCAAAUGCACUUAAGGAAGGUAUUGACUUUUCUAGGUUAGGUUUUAGCGAAACUACAAAUGAGUGUAAUUAUUGGUUGUGUUCUAAACAAACGAAUACGCCUUGUCACUAUGAUACCUAUGGUUGCAAUAUAGUGGUGCAAGUUUAUGGGAGAAAGUCAUGGAUACUAUUUCCGCCUAACACACCACUUUCUUGCACAAGAAUACCUUAUGAAGAGUCUAGCGUUUAUUGCGAGGAAAAUUUGUAUGCACCAAAUCUAAAAGAGCUGCAGCAGUUAACAGAGUUGCAUGAAUUUGUCUAUCGAUGUAUAUUAGAGGAAAAUGAUGUGCUAAUCGUGCCGCGACAUUGGUGGCACUAUGUCGAGGCAAUCGACAUCUCACUGAGUAUUAACUAUUGGAUACCUUUGGAAAAUGACAUAGAAGAACAAUUUAAAGAGUGCAUUGUUAAAAUAUUGAUUGAGCGUUUCGUACAAAGCGGAAGUAAGGAAGAACAAAAAUAUAUACUCAACCCUAAUCAGUUGAAUGAGAUAGAAAGUGAUGAGGAAGUAUUUCAAAUUUUGGAAUACUUGUACAGAAACAUAAAAACGGAUUGUUCGCAGUCAAAAUCACGACGACUUAAUGUAACGCGACAUCCUUAUCAAUAUUUAAACGAACAGGAAACUCAAAAAAUAAUACAAGAACUGCCGGCGGGAAUGAUGGAAAAUGUAACUCCUAUGCAAAGGAAUGAUUAUGAAAUGUUACUUAAACAAAACGCGAAACGUUUUACUACAACACAAACGAACAAUGCUCAGCAAUUACAACCUAUAAGUGAACUUAAAAGAGCUUUAAUAAACAGUGUGUGUGCACCAGCGAUUGUAGAACAUAUCAAAAAAGAAUUUUUUAAACGCUAUGAACCGUAAAUAACUUCGUUAUGAGUAAAAGUGAUAAUAAAAAUUGAUUUCAGUUAACAUGAUUUUAUUAAUUAUUAAUGCUUCGAAUAUUCCAUUUUCAUAUACAUUUAUAUGUGUGUACGAGUAAAUAUGUAUUUUUGCAAUAUUGCGUUACGUUUGGACUAUAAUACUAAAUAAUUUCGAUAAGUGUAUUCAAGUGCAGAACUUUACAGUAAUAAAAAAAAUUCCCUUCCACCGAUUUAGGGAAAUCAUACGAUUAAUACGAAUAAUAUAACAAGACAUUGUGGUUGUGGAAGAGAUUCAGAAGGUGUAGCACACAUUUUACCAGCCUGGUGGCUUCUGGUUGGGAUAACCACCCUGUUGAUGAGCAUAACUGCCAGGAUAAGUGCCAUAAUGUCCGGGUUGCGGACCCUGUGGGAAUCCGCUAUACUGAUAAGGCGCUGUAAAUAGAUACAUUGCAAAUAAAUUGAAAAAAUAGUUGGCAAUAAGUACAAAAUUUAAAAAUAUCAAUACAUACUUCCUGGAUAAGGCAGCGUUGCAUAAGGAUUAAAUCCCUGUGGCAUUGGUGGUGGAACGUAUGCUGGGUAUGGCACGUUAGGUGUGGCGCCAUAUGGCAUCGGCAUGCCUUGCAUUUGAUGUGGAUAGGGCACAUUUCCGGUCGAAGGUGCUGGUGCAUCCGGAACAGAGGUUGUUGAACUGGAUGGACUAACA